GGUUCAACGCCGUUCGUUUGUUGGUUGUUCUUCAUUCAUCCCUCUGCCACGCACACACCUCCAGAAGCAGCACCUGUUCUAGACAGACGCUUAUAAUGGCGAAUCGACCUGAGUUGUUAGCUCCGCCGGAGAUAUUCUACGAUGAAACUGAAGCUCGGAAGUAUACUUCUUCAUCCCGUAUCGUUGAAAUUCAGGCGAGGUUGUCAGAGAGAGCUUUGGAGCUACUUGCUUUACCUGAAGAUGAUGUUCCUAGAUUCUUACUCGACAUAGGUUGUGGAUCUGGCCUGAGUGGGGAAACAAUUUCUGAAAACGGACAUCAUUGGAUUGGUCUAGACAUUUCAGCUUCAAUGCUUAAUGUCGCUGUGGAACGAGAAGUUGAGGGUGAUCUUUUACUUGGUGACAUGGGGCAGGGAUUAGGUCUUCGUUCUGGAGUUAUCGAUGGAGCCAUCAGUAUAUCAGCUGUUCAGUGGUUAUGCAAUGCGGAUAAGUCAUGUCAUGAACCUCGUUUGAGGCUAAAGGCUUUCUUUGGGUCACUGUACCGCUGCCUGUCAAGGGGAGCACGAGCCGUUUUUCAAGUGUACCCUGAGAAUAUUGCUCAGCGUGAAUUGAUUCUUCGCCAGGCCUUACAAGCUGGAUUUGGCGGUGGUCUUGUUGUUGACUAUCCGCACAGUACUAAGAAAAGAAAAGAGUUCUUGGUCCUCACAUGUGGUUCAAUUCAGACAAGUAUUCAGACCAGUAAAAAUGAGCAUGGUGAGAGUUGCUCAGAAGAUGACUUUAGUGAAGACGAAGAGAGUGGAACGGUGUCUAUGUCAGAUCGGAAUAGGGCAAGGAAAAGGCAGAAGACUAAAAAGAAUAAGAAAGGAAGGGAAUGGAUUUUGAGGAAGAAAGAGCAAAGUAGAAGAAAAGGAAACGAUGUUCCUGAGGACUCCAAGUACACCGGUCGAAAACGCAAGUCGCGUUUCUAGUUUCGUUUGUGAUAUACUUCAAAUGCUAUAAAGUUUUGUCAUUAAAAAAAGAAAAUUUUCAAAUACCUCUAGUUUCGUUUA